AUGCAAGCUCCCGUAGUGUAUAUGAACGCGUCCACCGAGAGACAAUCUGGACGUCAAGCCCAAGUCUCCAAUAUCACUGCAGCCAAGGCUGUGGCUGACAUUGUAAGAACAUGUCUUGGACCCAAGGCCAUGUUGAAGAUGUUGUUGGAUCCAAUGGGUGGGAUUGUGUUGACCAACGAUGGUCAUGCCAUUUUAAGAGAGAUCGAUGUGGCCCAUCCAGCUGCCAAAUCCAUGAUUGAAUUAAGUAGAACUCAAGAUGAAGAAGUUGGAGAUGGUACCACCACUGUCAUUAUACUUGCCGGAGAGAUCUUGGCGCAAGCUUACCCAUAUAUCGAAAAGAAUAACAUCCACCCAGUUAUCAUUAUCCAAGCUUUAAAGCAAGCUUUGAGUGAUGCCUUGGAAAUUAUCCAUGACGUGUCGACUCCUGUAGACGUGGAGAAUGAUGCCGCCAUGAUCAAGCUCAUCAAGGCCUCCAUCGGAACCAAGUACAUCAACAAAUGGUCGCAAAAGAUGUGUGAAUUAGCCUUGAAAGCAGUCAAGACCGUAAGAGUCACCAACGGAGAUCAUAAGGAAAUUGAUGUUAAGAGAUAUGCUAGAAUUGAAAAGAUUCCUGGUGGAGAAGUCACCGAUAGUGAAGUCUUGGACGGUAUCCUCCUUAAUAAGGAUGUUACCCAUCCAAAGAUGAGAAGAAACAUUGUCAACCCAAGAAUUAUUUUACUUGAUUGUCCAAUGGAAUAUAAAAAGGGUGAAUCUCAAACUAACAUUGAAAUCACCAAGGAGGAAGAUUGGAACCGUAUCUUACAAAUUGAAGAAGAACAAGUCAAGACCAUGUGUGAACAAAUCUUACUGUUUAAGCCAGAUUUGGUGUUGACUGAAAAGGGGGUCAGUGACUUGGCCCAACAUUAUCUUUUGAAGGGAGGUGUUACUGCCUUGAGAAGAGUUAAGAAGUCCGACAACAACCGUAUAGCACGUGCCACUGGUGCCACGAUUGUCAACCGAGUUGAAGAUUUGAAAGAAUCAGACAUUGGUACCAAGUGUGGACUUUUCAAAGUAGAAUUGAUUGGAGAUGAAUAUUUCACUUAUUUGGUUGAAUGUAAGGAACCUCAAGCUUGUACUGUAUUGUUGAGAGGUCCAUCCAAGGAUAUCUUGAAUGAAAUCGAAAGAAACUUACAUGAUGCCAUGGCUGUGGCCAGAAAUGUGAUGUUUGAACCAUCAUUAGCCCCAGGUGGUGGUGCCACUGAAAUGGCUGUAAGUGUUAGACUUGCUGAAAAGGCCAAGACCAUUGAAGGAAUUGCUCAAUGGCCAUAUCAAUCUGUUGCUGAUGCAUUUGAAGUGAUUCCAAGAACCUUGAUCCAAAACUGUGGUGGUAAUCCAAUCAGAGUGUUAUCACAAUUGAGAGCUAAACAUGCCAAGGGUGAACACACUUUUGGUAUUGAUGGUGAUUUGGGUAAGGUUGUCGAUAUGAACGAUUACGGAGUGUGGGAACCAGAAGUUAUCAAGCAACAAUCCCUCAAAACCGCCAUUGAAAGUGCAUGUUUAUUAUUGAGGGUUGACGAUAUUGUCAGUGGGGUGCGUCAACAACAGUAA